GUAGCAAUUAUUACAUUGACACGAGACGAACAUUCUCAAGCCAAUUGUUAUUAUCCUGAUUCUUGAAAGGAUUCACGUUGCUUCUUCCUUUGGAGUGGAAGAAGAUUCUUUAUAUUUUAACAAAAAUUACAUUUGAAUGCGGAAUAGUAUAGUUUACCGGAGAUCUAAGUGACUUGAAGAAAAGAAAGCGCACGACAGUAUCGUCUGCUAUACAAGAUAAAUUUAUACUGAAGGGACCCCGGUUAACGGGGGUUAACAUCAUCGGGACGGCAGAUGUCAGAAUGCCAGAGCAGAGCAACGAUUAUCGCGUGGUGGUGUUUGGAGCGGGUGGUGUUGGCAAGAGUUCUCUCGUAUUGCGUUUCGUGAAAGGAACUUUUCGUGAAUCCUAUAUACCUACUAUCGAGGAUACAUAUAGACAGGUGAUAAGCUGCAAUAAAAACAUAUGCACGCUUCAAAUUACCGACACAACGGGGUCUCAUCAGUUUCCCGCGAUGCAGCGGCUUUCCAUAAGCAAAGGUCAUGCCUUCAUCCUCGUAUAUUCGGUGUGCUCACGGCAAAGCCUCGAGGAACUACGACCAAUCUGGGCCAUUAUUAGAGAACUUAAAGGGCAGGAUAUAUCACAGAUACCUAUAAUGUUGGUUGGAAAUAAAUGUGAUGAGAGUCCAUCAGUGCGUGAAGUAUCAAUGAGCGAAGGUGCAGCAGAAGCCGCAAAUUGGGGAUGUGGUUUUUUGGAGACAUCUGCCAAGACGAAUCAUAACGUAAACGCCUUGUUCCGGGAUCUACUGAUGCUCGAAAAAAAUAGAUCAGUAUCAUUACAGCCUGUACAAAGUAACAACGCGAUUAGUCUGAAAGAGAAAUGCUGCGUAAUGUAACGGGCGAAAGUGGAACAAGAAGAAUAAGAAAUUGCAAUACAUCGCAUUUUCAGGCGACAAGAAACUAAAAAACGACAAAAGUAACAGUCGUCAUUGUUGUCAUUCUUUUGACCCGGCAUAACAUCUGCCAUGGUAAUCUCGACACAACCAGUAUUAAUAUAAGUUAAAUUUGUGUUAACAAAAAGGAUGAUAAAUAUCCUAGAAAGCUACGUGUCGUACAGGGUACAUUCUAAAAUACUCCUUGUUUAUUAAGAAGCUUAUUCUUGUGCUAAAAAACUAAUUUUUUGAAACGUUUCGGAUUCUCUUGAAAUGAUUGUAUAUUGUAAGGUUAUAUUCGUAAGAGACAUGCUGAUUUCAUACGACAGUAGAUUCAAAACAUUAAGAUUAUUUUUAGUCUCUUUCUAACAAAACGUUAUUCUAUACUAUCAACAAAUUUUUUUCAAUUUUGAUACAGAACAACGUACUCGGUCUCUUAGGUUUCAUAAGACCAACGAUAUAUAUGCAUUUUUUUAUGUGGGAUUCGCGAUUCACAUAUACAGUAUACAUCUCAUCAUUCUUUCAUGCGGUGAUUUGUGAAUCGCGAUUCGUGUAUAAUACACAUUCAAACGUAUAGAAACUCAUCCGAUGUAAUAUUUAAUUUCGCAGCACUUAUUCCUUAUUCAGUUUACUACGAAUAAGCGAUUUUUAGCUAUCGUGUAAAUGCUAACAUUUGUUUCUAUAUUUUAUUAGUCACAAAAAAUCAACGGCGGCAAAUUAAUCGAGAAAUCUGAAUCGCAAUUCUGAAUUUUACGAGAAUCAUCGUUUGAAUAUUUUCAUAAGUAUACGAUGAAUAUCCGUCAUAUAUGAAUCAUGAUUCACAAAUCGUCAUAUAAAAAAAGGCGAUUAUUUUAUAUUAGUAAGCUCGUUACAUUUUGACUUUCAUCCGUUUGGCUAUGUCGAGUUUACUAUGCAAGAAACGUGAUUGUUUGGACCGGCAAUAACCGAUCUUUAUAUUAAGAACCAACAACAAAAAAUGAUUUUACAUACCCAAUGAAACAAAGUGGAUUUUUCUUGAAAGAGUAACCGGUACAAAAUUGUAAUAAUGAAUAUAUAAGAGAUAUACUGAAUAUGAUUCAAAAAAUAAUAUGCUCUUUCACGAAAAUCUUCCAAAAUCGCUGUCUGAGACUACUGCGAUCAUUAAUUUUGGGACCGGUGUCGCACAAGUUUCUUCAGCUAGGGAUAUAGUAGGGGGAACGUGCGAACAAGAAACGACAAAAUUAGAUAAAAGUUGUUACAAGAUUGGUUUUUGUUGAAUAGUUGUAAGGUUUUUGUAAUGAUGCUAAUUAGGAUUUAUUACUCGUCACGUUGAUAUAAACAUAAACCCAAAUACACAACAUACACACAAAUACACAUACAUACACAAAUACACAGAGAUGAACAGAGAAGUUUAUGUAUUUACAUGUACACGUACAAGGUUCAUUAGGCACCACGCGUUUUCCAUGUUGACUCAUAUUUUAGUGUUUUCCUCCUGUAUAUUAUAUACAAACGUAGGUUUGUUAGUGUUUGCGAGGAAACGUUAAUUAAAAGAACUCGCCGCGAAGGGCUCGUUUGUUCCUCGACUCGAGUUUCGUUCAUCUUGCUAUUCGCGUUUAUUGUUGUAAAAGAGGUACCUAAACUAGGUUUGGGCAAAAUUUUCAAUCUAAAUAUCAAAUUUUCAGAAUUAUUAUAUGUAUCAUUAAUAUAAAAUGAACAUGAAGUUAUAGCUAUAAAUUUCAUUUUGAGGCACAAUGAUUUUUAAUCAAUUCCUAUUGAUAAUAUUUGAUGAAUAAAAAAAAUAGAAAGUUUGAAAAAAAUCUUCAGUUCUUCUUCAGUUUAGAAUAUAGAAAGUAUUUACAAAUAUAACAUCGAAUUUAAAAAUAAAUGAAUUGAAUUUGAAUUAGAUUUUUAAAAUUGAAUUAGAUUUUAAUUUUGAUAAUAUUUGAAUCUAAGUUUAGUUUAGAUUAUACUUGAGAUUUAGUUAGAUUUCAAAAGUUUUCUAAUCUUAGAACUAGUAUUUUUGAAUUGUAUUUUGAUAUUAUGAAAUACUAUCAGAAAAUAUAAUAAUUGAUGAAGAAUAUUUAUCCCUAAUACCUAUUUAUAUACACGUGUGUAGAAAAUUUAACUUAAUAGCACAUUUUAUAAUAAAGUUUUAUAGGAGAAUACCUGGAUUCUAUUAAUCUAUCAAUUUGAAAAAUUUGCUCAGACUCCACCUCGAUUUUGUUGGAGCCAUUAUUACAAUUUUCUUUGUAUUUAAUUCUUAUUCGAUCUCAUCUCUGUAUUGUAAGACUUUUUUUUGUUUAAGAAAUUCAAUGAAGAUACGAGUGGAUGAAAAUGUAAAUUCUAAUUUGACCAUUAGAAUAUCUGCGUUGCUCGUUUUCUAUGAACAUCAACGAAUUAUGGUUUCAGCCACUUUUUACGCAGUCAAUUUUCUUGUCUACUCGUGUCCAUACAUUCAAUCAUAGCUUUAAAGGACGAACAGUGUAUUCUCUACUCAGUCCAACAUAUUGGGAUUAAUGAAAGCGAACAUUAUCCCAUUGAUAUUACAAUAGACAAAUUAUCAGUUUUGCUAUGAUCAUUAUUAUUACUAAUGGUUAUUUCACGAAACGAAUAUGUAUAUCUUGUAUCUUGAGCAUACGAGCAUAUACAUGAGUGCACCGUUUUAGAAACGAGGGCGGUUUCACGUCGAUUCACUUAUAUUUCAAGAUUUACGUUAUAGCACAAAUCUAAUUUUAUAACUUGUAAAUAAAGAAAAGCGGAAUUAAUCUAAAUUCAA